UUCACAGAAAUCAACUGGUGUGACGUCAUGAACUCAGUCUAUGCUCCACCCAGUGGAUGAAUGUGGUAUUGCCUGGAAAGUUCAUGAACUUGCUGGUGCUGAUAAACAGGCAGUAUAAAGCUGAGAGACUCACAGCACUCGAGUCAAACCUAAACACACAACCAGAGAGAGACACAGAGAGAUUGAGAAGCAAAACAACAACAGAGAAGACACUGAAAAUGUUGAGCCUACAUGGAUUUCAGCCUUCCUUCCUCACUCCAUUCAUGAGGAUUGACUGGCCAGUGUGCAGUCUGUGGCCGGAGAUCGAACCUCUUUACAGACACACUGACCUACUGCAGGAGAUGAGGAGCAGCCUGGAGAAACUUCAGCACAAAAUCUCUGAGGAGAUCCAGCAAAUGUCAAACUCUGGGGAGAUCCAGCCGCUCACCUGUACAGUGCAGGAGAAAGAGGGAAGUGGCUUUAAGUUGAUACUGGACACUAAAGACUUUUCUCCAGAAGAACUGUCAGUCAAACAGGUGGGCAGGAAGCUGCAGGUGAGCGGAAAGACAGAGAAGAAGCAGGAGGAUGGGAAAGACUCGUACUCAUACAGAAUCCAAGAGUUCAGACGUGUGUUUGAUCUGCCUGAAGGAGUGAAUCCUGAGACAGUGACCUGCUCCAUGACUAAUGGAAAGCUCUACAUACAGGCAUCAGUCAAUCAGAUAUCUGAAACACCUGAGAGGAUGCUGCACAUUCACUGCCCUCAAACUGUGAAGACAACACAGACAGAGACUGAAAAGAUUCAAAACAACACCAAUGAAACACACAAGGCUGAUCAGCAAUCUUAAAAACUCUCAACAGAAGAUCAACUCAACCGUUUUGGACUGUGUGAUGCAAUUUACCUCAAUUUAUGUGGCAAACUUGUGUUGUAUAUUAGUCAAAUCUGCUUUGUUUCCUCUUAAAGUCUGCUCCCUUACACAUAUAGAAGGCAUUCCAGUUAAACACCAAUUCACUUAUCUGGGUAUAGUUAUUUGCAAAAAUGAAAAGCAAAUUUGGUUAAAUUUUGAACCAAUUAUUGAAAAAACAAAAAAGAAAUUUAAUUUGUGGUUAAUGAGGGAUAUAUCAAUUUUUGGGAGAGUAUUAUUGUCCAAGGCAGAAUGUAUUUCCAGAUCUGUAUACACUUCUUUAUCAUUAAAUGUGCUUCCUCUUGUAUUAAAAGACUUGGAUAAGAUAUUGUAUAAUUUUAUCUGGAGAAAAAAGCCCCAUUAUUUAAGGAAAG